CUGCGUAUAUUUCCAGCGCUGAACCACCGUCUCCUCCUCCGUCCCCUGCCACGAGGCGCUUCGCUGGUACCCACUGGUCCCCCCUUGCUGCGAGCGCGUCGGCAGCUGACUCCGCUGGCGUUCUUCCGUUCCUCCGGACGCGUUAUUCCCGCCAUCCCCUGCCUCUACGCGAGUGCCGUCUUGCAGCCCACUCACUCCUUCGCCGGGCCCUGCCACCUGUGCAAGAACGAGUGGAAUCGGGUGGCGGCGAUCGGCACGAGGCGGUGGUUUUGCAUGUUUGGCGUGGUGGGCGGGCGGCUGUACGUGGCGGGCGGCAUCGACACAUCCGAGCCUGGCGCCGGUGAGGAGCGGUGGGCACAUGUGAGGAGCGGUGGACGCAGCACGUCCAUUAGCCUGGCGCUGGUGGGCUCUGUGGAGGCCUAUGGUGUGGACGAGGGCCGGUGGAUGCAGGUGAGGGGCGAUGGACGUAGCGGCAUCAGCACGAGCGGAGCUGAUGACACAGCCAAGGCUGUGGGCACAGCAGUGGCAUCAGCACGAGCGGAGCUGAUGACAGGCGGUGGGGGGGGGAGGGGGGGGGGUCUCGUGGCAAAGAACAUCAGAUGGGGGCAGCGCCUGGGUGUGGCCUUCAACCCGCGCUCCAACGCUGUCACCGAGCUGCCCCCAACCAUAGUCCAGCAGGUGGUUUCGGGGGAGUGCUGCUAUGCUGCCAUUCAAUUAUCCCCUCUUCUCGCCCCUCGUCCCCUAUCUCUCUCCUCCCCUCUCCUCUCUCUGCCCCUCUCCUCUCUCCGCCCCUCCCCUCUCUCCGCCCCUCUCCUCUCUCCGCCCCUCUCCUCUCUCGGCCCCUCUCAUCUCUCCGCCCUUCUCCUCUCUCCGCUCCUCUCCUCUCCUCGCCCCUCCUCUUCCACAUGGAUGGCAGGGCCGCACAGCAGCAGUGCAGAGCACAUGUUUAUAUUUGACUUUGCUUGCUGUGGUGUGGUGGCAUGGAAUGAUUGCCCUUUGCUCACCCUUUCCCCUUUUCGCUCUCCAGGGAUGGCAGGGCCCAACAGCAUUGGUGCAGGGGCACAUGUCGCUAGUGAUGGCCCCUCUGCCACCCAUGCUGAGACCGCUGGAGCGGCAGAGGAGGAGGAGGGCGAGAGAGGGGAGGGCGAGGGGGCAGGAAGGAAUGACGAGGAGAGAGGUGGAAGAAGUGACGGGGAGGAGGAAGAUGAGGUUUUUGAGGAGGAGGGGGAUGAGGAGGUGGUAAUACCGGUGAAGGUGAUACCUGGGCCAGAGUGA